AGACCCGGCAGCUCGAAGUCAAGAUGGCGGACUAAGCGGCGGUGCUUUUCCACAGAACUUUGAUAUUGACCUUCUCACAGCAAACACACGAACACAUACCUCAUACAUUCCUCUUUUCUCUAGCCCGCCAAACCCAAGUUGAAGUUUGGAGCGACGGAGACUUUUCUGCAGUGAAGACGUGAGAGCACAUGGACGACUACUGCUAUGCUAAGAUGGCGACGUCAUGUAAAAGAGAAAGUGAAAGAGAAUCUUCCAGCAAAUCACCAACGGAGAUAAAGACGAAAAGUGCAGAUAAAGACGCCCUGCAGCUGAUUGGUCUUCCAGAAGAUGUUCCUGUUCAGCUACAAGUGGGGAGCUCCACUUUGAAGCAGGAGGAUCCACAGCCCCCCCACAUUAAAGAGGAAGAGGAGGAACUCUGCAUCACUCAGGAGGGAGAGUGUCUUCUAGGACGAGAGGAAGCUGAUCACACCAAGUUGCCACUGACUGUUGUCUCUGUGAAGACUGAAGAUGAUGAAGAGAAACCACAAGCAGACAACAUCUUAGCUCCACCAUCAGAUAGGGAGUCUGAAGACGGGGUUGAAGUAACUUUGAGCAGCGAUACAGACUGUGAAGGUGAUAUGAGGACUCACACUGACAACAAACAGCCUGAAUACUCUAAAAAGACAAAACGUACAAAACGUUUUCUCUGCUCAGUUUGCGCUAAAAGCUUUUCUAAAAACAGCAAUUUCUCCGUACACAUGAGAACGCACACAGGGGAAAAGACAUUUAAUUGCUCAGUUUGUUCUAAAAGCUUCUCUCAAAAGAGCCAUUUAUCUGAACAUUUGAAAACACACACGGGAGAAAAAAAAUUUCAUUGCUCAGUUUGUGGUAAAAACUUUUCCUAUAAGAGAGUUUUGACAGACCACAUAAGGACUCACACUGGAGAAAAACCCUUUAUAUGUCCAUUUUGCGACAAAAGUUUUUCUCAAAAGAGCAAUUUGACCCAACAUAUCAGAAUACACACGGGAGAAAACACAUUUAAUUGUCCCCAAUGUGCCAAAAGCUUCUCGCAAAAGGGCAAUUUGACCGAACACAUGAAAAUACACAGCAGAGAAAAAACCUACAAUUGUUCAGUUUGUGAUAAAAACUUUUCUCAAAAGAGAGUUAUGAUCCAACACAUGAGAACGCACACGGGAGAGAAACCAUUUAAUUGUUUAGUUUGCAAUAAAAGCUUUUCUCAAAAAAGCACUUUGACCAAACACACCAGAACACACACAGGAUAAAAAACAAAACAUGAAAUGUGCCUGCAAAGUUAAAACCAGACAAGUGAUUGAGGAAGGGUUGGAGUACCGUAUUUUCUGGACCAUAGGGCGCACCGGAUUAUAAGGCGCACUGGCGAUGAGCGGGUCUAGUCAGGUCUAUGUGCGCCUUUUGUAUGGAAAAUGUAUAAGGCGCAUUAAAGGCCUACUGAAAGCCACUACUACCGACCACGCAGUCUGAUAGUUUAUAUAUCAAUGAUGAAAUCUUAACAUUGCAACACAUGCCAAUACGGCCGGGUUAACUUAUAAAGUGACAUUUUAAAAUUCCCGGGAAAUAUCCGGCUGAAACAUCGCGGUAUGAUGACGUAUGCGCGUGACGAAGUCCGAGUAACGGAAGUUAUGGUACCCCGUAGAAUCCUAUACAAAAAGCUCUGUUUUCAUUUCAUAAUUCCACAGUAUUCUGGACAUCUUUUGCAAUUUUUUUAAUGAACAAUGAAGGCUGCAAAGAAGACAGUUGUAGGUGGGAUCAGUGUAUUAGCAGCGGACUACAGCAACACAACCAGGAGGAAUUUGUUGGAGCGCUAGCCGCGCUAGCCGCGCUAGCCGCCGACCUCACCUUGACUUCCUACGUCUCCGGGCCGCCAAACGCAUCGGGUGAAGUCCUUCGUCCUUCUGCCGAUCGCUGGAACGCAGGUGAGCACGGGUGUUGAUGAGCAAA